CGAAACCUCCACACCACGUACAUAAGCUAUUUUUAUACCAGCCACGGUGGCCUGUUUCAACCCGGAUCCCAUUAGGCAACCAACAACAACCCCGUAUCCGCAACCAACCCUAUUUGAACCGCGGAUCCCUUACCAAACACCCUCAUAUCAAUACCAACAACACCAACCUCAACAUCCAACCUACCCGGCAACGAACAAUGGACGAAAUCCCACCCCCAAACCCCCAUAAACAACCCCAAAAGCCAACCUUCACAGCCCUCCCCACAGAGCUCCACCUCCACAUCUCAACCUACCUCCCCUAUCCAGAUGCCCUAGCCCUAAAACACACCUCCCGCCACUUCUACGCCCUCGUCUACACCGGCGUCCACCUCAAAGUCGACUGGCUGGUUGAGCGUUUCGAGCAAAAACUCGAAUGUCCCAUGGAGAAGUGCUCAUUCCGGACCGACGAGGCGUUUUGUAAUCUGCGUAUUCGUCGAAUCAUGGAGCGCAGGCGACGCCAUCUGGAGUGUCGGCGGCAGGUUGGGGGGUGUUUGGUGGUUUCGGGGAGGACUUGUCAGGGGGAUUUGGUGCCGGCGUGGUUGAAGAGGAAGGGGGGGUUGAGUGGUGUUGUUUUGGGAGUUGGGAAUGAGGUUUUGGUUCUUGGGAUGUUGUUUUUGGGGGUUUAUUUGCUUUGGGGUUGGUGUUUGGGUGGUUUCUUUCGUAAUUGCCUUUCUGGCGUAUAAGACGGUUGUGGAUAUGCUUGCGAAUUGGGAUAUUAAGGUCUAGGCUUUUCGUCCUGCCGUUCAAUCGUGAUCCAGGUAUACGGAAGCUUUGGCUACACGCGAUUGCAUCGACAACUUGCGACAUUUAUUUCCUUGUCGGCAACACAGCGAUGCACAUAAUGAGGAUAUGGACUUGCGUUUAGUUUCUUUGGGUUCAAUCAUGACCAUGGCACAGAUAUAUAUAUAUAUAUAUAUACGAAACUAAUGUAUAAUGAUAAUUAUCUCGUGAUAAAUCUAGGGUGCCGGGAGAAGAGGGCUCAGUGUAUACAGAUUUCAAUAGUCUUAUCAUAAUAGUGCC